CUUUAUAUGUACGCGCGUUUGUGGGCAUGCGUGCGUAUGUGUGUGAUUUGUGCGCAGGGGGGAUUCCCCCCUCAAAAGUUCUUCCCUUCUCGUCUUUCGUCGCUCGGUGCACUCUGCUUCGAGCUCGCGCCGUAACCGGAUAUCUCCCCGCUGGUGUUCGCUUGUUUUCGCGUCCUUUCCUCCGAGUGGAUUAAGUUUCCCGAACUCCUCUUAAAAAAAAAAAAAGCCUCGGAAAGUUGACGAGUGUCCGUCGGGCCCGGUGUUACUGUUACGAGCUGAAGCGCGGUGGGUUUGUGUUAUGAGACGUAGCGGCUCAUUCCUCCGGCUUCACAAAAGAGCGGUGGUUUCCUCUCGCAGCUGCAGCAGUAGCGGGCUGCCCGGACACCGAGCUAUCGGCGGCGGCACGCGCUAGUUAACUCCUCUGGUAAACGGCUGGAGGGGGGGGGAGCCCCGACAAGGCCAGCAGCUUUUGCCAUGUCGCGCGUCGACCGUUGCAAAGAUGACUCGCUGGAGGACACGCGCAUAGACUCGGGCAUCGACUCGUCGUACCGCGCCACGCUACACUCAGAGGAGCGCCGCGAGCCGAGCGUGGACUUCGGCGGCCCGAGGGACAAGUUUUCCACCGCGGAUGAGCGCGUGGACUCGGCUUACGGAUCCUCGUCCAUGACCACGGACAGCCUGUCAGAGAUGGUGCACGACUGGAGUCUUAGAGACGGCGAGGAGCAGCAGCCGCAAAGUCCUGAUGAACUCUCAGAGGAGAACAUUCUCACGUCCAUCACGGAAGAUGGAGACACACUCUUGCACCUCGCAAUCAUCCAUGAAGACACGCACAUCGCUCAGGAGCUGAUACAGCUCUUCCCCAAAGAAGUCCUGGACAUCCAGAACAAUUUAUACCAGAGUCCUCUCCACCUUGCCACCUACCUAAACCUGACAGACGUGGUGAGGGACCUGACAAGGAAAGGGGCCAGCCUGGAGCUGCAGGACCAGGACGGGAACACGGCGCUCCACGUGGCCUGCCAGCACGGGCAGAAGGAGUGCGCCUCGGAGAUGACCCAGGACUUUUGUCCCAGCACGCUAGAGCCGGUCCUCAAGAUUCAAAACUGGAGAGGUCUCGCUUGUCUUCACCUGGCUGCACUUAACAGGAAACACCAAAUUAUGAACCUCCUGGUGAAAAAAGGAGCAGAUCUGAACAUUCAGGAAGGAACGAGUGGCAAAACGGCCCUUCACCUGGCGGUGGAGAUGCACGACAUCGCAUCAGUGAGACUUCUGCUCAACAGGGGGGCCAAUGUGGAUGCUGCCAUGUUUAACGGCUGCACGCCCCUGCAUCUGGCAGUGGGGAGGCAAGACAUCGCCAUCGCCAACCUCCUGUUCCAGGCCGGCGCCGACACGAUGCUGCGGAACAUGGAGGACGAGACGGCGCUGGAUCUGGCUGACGGCAACGAUGAUAUUCUGGCAGUGUUCCCCUUUGAUGACAUCCAGAUCUCCGGGAGGUCUGUGGUUUUGAGCUGAAUCAGACCUUCAGAGCGUGGAACCUCGCUGCCUCUGACACCUUUUAUUUGAACAGUUACACCAGAUAGAAAUAACCACCUUAUAGAUCGAUAGCGCCUUUAUAUUUAGUUGACUCUAAUAUUCAAAGAAAUAUGUGCAUUGGAUGAAUCUGUCAAUUUAGCUUGAUUGAACGCACACACUGGUGUGCGUGCGUGCGUGUGUGUUUGUGGGUGCAUGCUGUGGAAAUUAUAUGAACCACAAAGCCCACCUGAUCGAGUGCCAACCCCCCCCCAUCAAAAUUCUACCUCUUUUAUUGAAUUUAUUUUGAAAGUUUCAAACUGCAUCGUCUCAGUUUUUAUUAUUAAUGCUUUUUCCUGGAAACAUUCUUGUUGCCUUAAAAGAUUAAUAAAUGCAAAUAUAGGAAAAUAUGUAUAUUUUUUAUCAUUUGUCUGCAAAUAUUCUCCCUGCUUUGUUAGAAAGUAGUUUUUCAGCUUCACGUGUCAUUUCUUUUUUUUUGUUGUUGCUUUACUAAUGUUACUAUGUUAUCCAUCUGCAAAAAUGUCUUCUUUUUUUGUAAUUACACUGGCAGUUUGUUUAUUUUGUGAUAAUAAAAAGCUCAUUGCA